USCCCCUUUUCCUGUUGUYAGGAGAUGCAGUUGAUGCRGACGCAGCAUUGUGGUGCUGUGAAUGUGGAGGUUGACUGUGCUUMCUCAGUGGACAUGAGCAAGGUGCAGGAGGAGAUGAGGACCCAGUAUGAGGGCAUGGUAGCGAAGAACCAGAGAGAUGCUGCCAAGUGGUUUGAGAGCAAGGUGCUUCAGAGCCAGAUCACCACCAGCACCACAGAGGUGAAGACCUCUUAGUCUCAGGUGACCGACCUGAAGAGGACCUUCCAGAGCCUGGAGAUUGAACUGCAUGGCCUGCUCACUCAGAAGGGGUACCUGGAGCAGAGCGUCGCUGAUAUAAAUGGCCGCUACAGCUCCCAGCUGAGCCAGCUGCAGGUUUGUAUCAACAGCAUGGAGGAGGAGCUGCAGCAGCUCAACGUCAGCAUCCAGCAGCAGGCCUCCGAGUACCAGAUCCUCCUGGACAUCAAGAUGAGGCUGGAGAUGGAGAUCGCUGAGUACAGGAGGCUGCUGGAUGGAGAGGGAUUCAGGCAUGUGGAGACCAGACAGGAGGUCAGGAAAGUGAUCAUGGUCGAGAAGUUCCAGGAAGUGCAACAAGUCCAGGAAGUGGUGCAAGAGUACAACCCACACAUGCAGAAGCGGGUGAGGGUGAUCGUGGAGGAGAUGGUGGAUGGGAAGGUGUUGUCCACCUCAGUUCAUGAGAAGGUCCAGGAUAUGAACUAACUGAGAAGGCCAGAUAGUUCUGGGAUCUGGUGAAGCGGUAACAGACCAAACAUACUCCUGGACCACACAUACUCCUUGACC